UCUGCCACCACCCACUGCCAGCGUCCCACUCUCUGCUGGGGGGCAGCUCGCCGCAAUGGAGAAACACAGGGACCCCACACGUCCCAGAGCUGCGACAGCCCAGGGGAUCGGACCCAGAAUCACCUGCUGGUUCCAGAGACUGCAGAGUGGCUCCAAGGAAUGUGUGAAUGAAGAUAAACCUCAGAAAGAAGAGAAAUCAUGUAAAACCCUGAACAUUGUCCUUCUGGGGAGAAGUGGAACUGGAAAAAGCGCAGCUGGAAACACCAUCCUUGGAAAGAAGGAGUUUACGUCAGAGCUCCGAGCUCAGCCCGUCACCAAGACCAGCGAGAGCGCCACGGGGAGCUGGCGUGGGCAGGAAGUGGUGGUGGUGGACACACCGUCCCUCCUUGGCAUGCCCGGUGAGGGAGAGCAUCCGCCUACACCGAGGGAGGAGGCCGAGCACAUUCUGUCUCUCUGUAAGAGAGGCAACACUGUGAUGGUCCUGGUGUUGCAGCUGGGGAGGUUCACUCAGAUGGAAGAGAAGUCUAUGCGGGUACUCAGAGCCAUCUUUGGGAAGGAAGUGGACAAACACACGAUAGUGCUCUUCACCCGAAAGGAGGACCUAGGGUCUGAGAAGAUUGAAGAUUACGCCAAGAACACAGACAACAAGGCUCUUCGGAAGAUAAUUGAGAAGUGUGAGGGGAGAGUUUGCGCAUUCAAUAACAAGGAAACCGGGGAAGCUCGAGAAGCCCAGGUGGAAGAACUUCUGACGAUGGCCAGUACACUGAUAGAGAGAAAUGGCGGCUACGUCUCCAGAGGCAAGGCUAUCUCGGGGAAAAGAAAUGGCUCUGAGCAGUCACACUGCUAGGGAACUCGUGGUGAGAGGCAACUCAGUGGUGGGUUAAUCGCUCCACAUGAGGGAGCCGCCAAGUUUAACAGAAGCACUUUCUAGGGCAGGGCAAUGUUUCUCUUCCUCAUCAAUAAACAAAUCUUUAAAAUGC